UCACCGAUCAUUUCACUGCCUUCUAGUUAUCUGUGUUUGUCUUUGCUCUCGUUAUCACGACACUUCCCUCUCUAGUGGCCAAGAAAAACCCGCUCGUCCUUUUCAUGGCGACCGUCGAUGGCAACGGCGACGCCGGCCAGCCUCUGCUGCGAGAUUGGGUUGCGGAUGGCGGCGGCGAUGGUGGGGAUCAUGAAGACGAAGAGAAGACGUGCUUUAGCGCGAGAGCGUGGGCUGAGACGAGGAAGCUAUGGCACAUCAUAGGCCCCGCCAUCUUCGGCCGCGUGGCCCAGUACACCAUGAACAUCGUCACGCAAGCGUUCGCGGGGCACCUCGGGGAGGUUGAGCUUGCCGCCGUGUCCAUCGCCAUCAACGUCAUCGUCGGCUUCAACUACGGCCUCUUGUUAGGUAUGGCAAGCGCGCUAGAGACAUUAUGUGGCCAAGCCUUCGGUGCGAAGAGAUACCGCAUGCUUGGCAUCUACAUGCAAAGGUCGUGGAUCGUGCUCUUCCUGUGUUGCUUCUUGCUGCUCCCCUUCUAUGUUUUUGCCGCGCCGCUCCUGAAGCUCCUAGGGCAGCCGGAUGACGUGGCGGAGAUGACGGGCACGGUGGCUCUGUGGCUUAUCCCGUUGUACUUCAGCUUCGCCUUCCAAUUCCCCCUGUGGAGGUUCUUGCAGAGCCAGCUCAAGACCCGGGUCUUGGCAUGGGUCUCACUGGCCAGCCUAGCGAUCAACGUGCUCACGAGCUGGCUCUCUGUCUACGUGUUCAACUUUGGCGUGGUGGGAGUGUCCGUCAGCUUCGAUCUCUCUUGGUGGUUCUUGGUGCUUGCGUUGUACACAUACGCUGCGAGCGGCAGAUGCUCGCUGACGUGGACCGGCUUCUCCAUGGAAGCUUUCUCGGGGUUAUGGGAGUUUGUCAAAUUGUCCGCUGCUUCUGGAGUUAUGCUUUGUUUGGAGAAUUGGUACUACGGGAUAUUGAUAUUAAUGCCUGGAUAUCUACAAAACGCCACGGUUGCUGUAGAUGCCUUGUCAAUAUGCAUGAGCAUCAACGGUUGGGAGAUGAUGAUCCCUCUUUCCUUCUUUGCCGCAACCGGAGUAAGGGUGGCAAAUGAGCUUGGAGCUGGGAACAGCAGGGCCACAAAAUUUGCAACCAUCGUGUCGGUUGUGCAAUCAACAGUUAUCGGUUGCUUCUUCUGUGCUCUCAUCAUGGUUUUGCAUGACAAAUUUGCAUACAUUUUCACUUCUUCUGCUGAUGUUCUUGAAGAAGUGGACAAGCUCUCCUAUCUUCUAGGCAUCACCAUACUACUCAACAGUGUUCAGCCCGUUCUAUCAGGAGUUGCCGUUGGAUCGGGAUGGCAAGCCUAUGUUGCAUUUAUCAAUUUGGGAUGCUACUAUGUUGUCGGCCUACCUCUUGGAUUUCUCAUGGGAUGGGUUUUCCACUUAGGUGUUGUGGGUAUUUGGGGUGGAAUGAUUUUUGGAGGCACUGCUGUUCAAACUGUUAUAUUGACCAUAAUAACAAUUCGAUGUGAUUGGGAGAAAGAGGCGGAGAAAGCAAAAGCGCGGGUUGCGAAAUGGUCAACUCCGACCCUCGAAGAUGAUGAAUCAGCAGGGGCUAGUUAAAACUCCCCAUUUGAAGCUAGCUAUCCAAAUGACUCGGUGUUGCAUGAAUAUAGUCGAGUAUGGAAAUGAUUUCUCUGAUUA